GAUUCCUGACUUUGUGGAUCCUGGGGGCUAUGGGGAGGUUUCAGGAGAGAUGGCAGUCCCAGGGACUGUUGGGAAGAGCCAAGCUGAUGAAUACAACACACUAGAUGAGCCUGUCAGAGAAACAAUAAUGAGAGAUUUGAGAGCAGUAGGGGCAAAGUUCUACCAUGUUUUGUAUCCUAAAGAGAAGAAGGCUCUGUUAAAAGAAUGGGACCUGUGGGGACCACUUAUAUUGUGUACAUUUCUUGCUAUGAUGGUCCAAGGUUCAGAAGAUGCAGAUAAACAUGAUGGCGGUCCUGAAUUUGCACAAGUUUUUGUCAUUGUUUGGUUAGGUGCCGCAGUUGUUACAAUGAAUACAAAGCUCUUGGGUGGCACUAUAUCAUUUUUCCAGUCUGUAUGUGUGUUAGGGUAUUGUCUGCUGCCUUCCUGCUUUGCUCUCAUCUUGUGUCGUCUAAUUCUUAUUGCAAAUCAGAAUAAGCUUCUCUUUGCCCUGAGAUUCAUCAUUACUUGCAUAGGCUUUGUAUGGGCAACAUUUGCGGCAAUGGUGUUCCUUGGAGAUAGUCAACCAAGUUCAAGGAAGGCCUUAGCAGUGUAUCCCAUAUUUCUCUUCUAUUUUGUAAUAUCAUGGCUUGUCAUCUCUCAUACAAAUGUUUGAAGCUUACCUUCUUUACAUCUUAAAAGUAGAGUUGUUUUGCUAAAAUUAUAAUUGUAAAUUACAGGGAAAGUUAGAUAGCUUUUAAUUGGACUAUUUUCAGGGUUUGAAAAUGUAAUUUUCCAAGAUUCCUCUGAAUAAGCAGUUGUCUUUACCAGCACUGGUAUGGCUUAUACAUCUACAGAAUGCAGUUGAGUGGAUUUUUUGUUCCCGGUGGUUAAUGUAAGUGGAAAAUUUAUUGUAUGAGUAAAAAUUAGUUUGAAUUAUGGGGAAUUUUUUUUAUUCAGGUGGUCAGUAAACAUUUAACAGUACAUAUAUUAGAACUACGUUUUAUAAGUCUUAUUAUGGAAUUAACAUUUUGGUGGCUUUGUGAGCUAGCUCUACAUUACUUGAGAGUUAAAUGCUGGACUCAUUUGAGAAUAACAAUAGAAUACAAGAUUGCAAUAGUUUCUCAAGCAUAUUCAAAACAAACUUGUUGAACAGAAUCUUUAUUAAAAACAGUUUGAAACUUUUUUUCCCUACAUGUUACCUUUGCUUAAAAUUAUGUUUAGUGUUCAAGUUUAUUGGUGAAAAAUUGCAGUGGAAUGUAUUACCCAGCUAGCAUUACUGUUUAAAUGUAUUUAGCAAGGAGUUGUUUCUCCUUGAAGAAUGCUUUUCUAUUUAUCAUGAGAUGUGGCUAUACUGUGUACUGAGGCUCAGAACAUAGACUCACGUCUAAUUAAUUUAUAUGAUUGUUGUUGUACAUUAACAUUUAAAAUAAGUGUAUCAAAGAAUGCUAUAUUUUGUACAGAAAGAUUUUCUUUGACAUUUCUAAUCUUAAUGUAUUUUUCAAUAUGAGCUUAGAAUACAUAAGUAUAAAUACAGUGUAUACCUUUACCCAUUUUGAAGAAAAGUUUUUUCCUUUUCCAAGAUUUUGACUAUUUGGCCUACCAGCUGAAAUAAGACAAACAUCUUUGGUGUUAUUUGCCAACAGGAAACCAUUUUCUGUAUGUUAGUUUUAUGGAAUGGUAAUGCGCAAAUCCCUGAAACUGUUGGAGAUGGAAUGGGUAUCUUGCGGUUCAUUGCUGCUUUUGCUGCAUAUUUAGUUAAUUUACAAUUUCAAGAUGAUUGACAUUUAGCAGUCAUUAACAUCAAAGAACAUCCCAAAAACUGUAACUAGUUUUCUUUCCAGCCAAAGGUCCUAAGCAAUCAUUCUAUAGUUUACAAUUUUCCAUGAUUUUGACUUGUGAGGCAGUGAUUUCCAAGAGAUUUUACCAGUAAUGUACUAUUCUGGGUAUUUUUCAAAUUGGAGAACGUAAGCAACUUAGAAGACUAAAGCUUGUAAUUUUAUGUCAACUUCAACAGUUUGUUGUAAAUAUUUAGUAUGCUUAACUCCCUCUUACUAUGCCAAGAAAGUAAUUGUGUUUUGUUUUUCCAAGAUACCAGCAUUUUCAGUAAUUGUACUGGUAAUUUUAAACAAAAAAAUUUUAAACAUAAUUGAGAAGUUAUUUGUUUUGAAAGUCAAUCAUUGUUAUGGAAAAAAUUUUAAAAUUGCAAGAUUAUGUGGAUUUUUACUUGUAACUUGAAGUACCUUGAUCUAAACUUUAAGUUUUAUAAAAAUUAUCCAUUCCUAUUUGUAGUAAUGUCAUUUCAUCAUUUUUAAAUUUCAUUAUUAUUUUGGAAAAGUUGGAAUUGGGAGUAGGUUGUUGUUGGCAUAUUAUACUGUACAGGGAUGUAAUUAAUUCUUUACUUUUGUUAAUAGGUGCAUUAUUUAUUUUUUUGAUUCAUGCAAAUCACUUAAUGUUUCUUUUACGUAUUCAGGCCUUUGGAUACAAAUAGUACUUGUCAGGCCAUGUAUGUUGAUACUGGUCUGUACGUAAUCAUGUGACAGAACCACUAAGUAUAGAAUGUAGAUUUUUUUUAAAUUGGUCUAUGGUUUUCUUUAGGUGCACUUUAUACUUUUGAAUUGUUUUGUGUAGUCACUCAUAGUGGUACUUGAUUACAAUAUUUGAGACAGUCUUUGGAUUUCUGUUUAGUAUUUUUGCUGUUAUAUAUAUUUAUCUAGGGUGGCGUUUUAGUCUUCAUUAGUAGAUAUUUAUUCUUCCUUAUCAAAAGGUGCUCUUAUUUUCGUAAUUUAUUAUGCUAACCAAAGCUGAUGUCUUGAGUGCCAUUUUUUUUUACUUAUCUUUCCACAACUUACCUUUCCGCAUUGAUAAGAAUAUUUCAAGUAUAUUUUUUUGUGGAAGUGGUAAGUACUGUUACUUCCAUUAUCACUGAUAUACCUCCCUCACUUUUACAACUUUAUUUUUCCAUCUUUUAUGCAAUAUUAAGUUUUCUUUUGAGGUUUGAUGGGUUUGAUUUUUUCUAUUGAUUUAUUUGUUUGUUUCUUUAAGAGAGCUCUGUUAGUCAUCUUGAUUUCUGCAGCUUCAUUUCCCCUCUUUAGUGUAAGCUGAUAAUAUCUCCUUGAGAUUUUCUUCCUUUACUUUCAGAGCUCGGUAAGAAUGUAGAUCAUGGUGAAUGGUAUUUGAAUAGUUUGUUUGUAUCCAUGCGUUAUUUUGAGUGUCUUUGUGUAAAGCGUGAGUGUUACAAUAAUCUUGACUUGUUUAUAUUAAUUCAUGACCCCCUCUUGUAAAAUGGUUGGCACUGGUUGACAUUUUUCCACUGGCAUAGAACAGUGUACCUGUUCAUAUAAUGACUCUUAAUAUAGAUUUAGCUUAGGUUUUAUAUUUCUGAUGAACUUUGAUGAAUUUUUUAGGUCUCUCAUUUUGUACCUUCUGUUUUCUUGUCAAAUAUAUGCUUAUUUUUUGCUUGCCUCAUGAUAGUAUUUAUGGUUAGUUUAUUUUUACUGCCCAUUGAAAUGGGAGAAUUAGUUUGUUAGCUUGGUCUAUAAUGAGCAGCUUUUGAAAUCUGACAGACAGUAAUGCUAGUUUUGAAGUCGUGAUUCACCCUUUCCUUCAUAUUUUUCAUAUUAAGUUUAGAGUAGAUUUUUUAAGGGACUAUGUGUAGUGUCCCUCCCCUUUUUUUCUUUCUUUACUAUUUUGAAGAAAAUUGGAUAACUGAUUAAACUUUUGUUUUACUAGAAAAAUAGCUUAGUUUGAUAGUCAAACAGUUUCAUUCAGAUACUAUUUACUGUAUGUUGUUUUUGUACAAAAUAUCAAACAUCAUUUCAUCAAUGUAAUUGCUAAACUGCAUAAAAAUUUGUUGUUUUCUAUUAAUUCUAUUUCUGGAAGUUGUUUUUUAUUAUUAAAGAUUCAUAUCGUAGCUCAAGCAGAAAGGUUUCGAAACAUAGAAUAACAGUACAGUAUUUGGAUUUCAGGUUAGUUGGUAUGCCUUUCUAUUAUGAACACCAACAUAGAUUCUCUCUCUCUCUCUCUCUCUCUCUCUCUCUCUCUCUCUCUCUCUCUCUCUCUCUCUCUCUCUCUCUCUC